CAUUUGAUCUCAACCACCAUGAGUGGAGUCACUUGCUGCCUCCGGUUCCCCGGCCAGCUCAACUCUGACCUCCGCAAGCUCGCCGUGAACCUGAUCCCAUUCCCGCGCCUCCACUUCUUCAUGGUGGGUUUCGCCCCGCUGACCUCCCGGGGGUCGCAGCAGUACCGCGCCCUCACGAUCCCCGAGCUCACGCAGCAGAUGUGGGAUUCCAAGAACAUGAUGUGCGCUGCCGACCCAAGGCACGGCCGGUACCUGACUGCCUCCGCCAUGUUCCGGGGCAAGAUGAGCACCAAAGAAGUGGACGAGCAGAUGCUCAAUGUCCAGAACAAGAACUCGUCCUACUUCGUGGAGUGGAUCCCGAACAACGUGAAGUCGAGCGUGUGCGACAUCCCGCCGACGGGGCUGCGCAUGUCGUCGACGUUCAUGGGGAACUCGACGUCGAUCCAGGAGAUGUUCCGGCGCGUGUCGGAGCAGUUCACGGUGAUGUUCCGGCGCAAGGCCUUCCUCCACUGGUACACGGGAGAGGGGAUGGAUGAGAUGGAGUUCACGGAGGCCGAGAGCAACAUGAACGACCUGGUGUCGGAGUACCAGCAGUUGCUUUGA